GUUUGGGAUAGCCUAUUAACUUGACGCGAGAGCAGCUGGAAAUGUCCAAUCACUUCAAGUUUCCAUUCGCUCUUCAACUCUACAAUAAUUGCUUCGGUUACAGGAAUGAUACAGGUGUUUGGGACUGAAUGCGACUCAGACUUGACCAGGGGAAAUGAAUGUAAAAGGCAACGGGAAUCUUCUGAGGAUUCUUAUGAUGUUUCUCUUCUUCUCACGAAGUUUGCAGUGGAUUUACAGGGAGCAUCAGGAUGAUGGGAACAGUGAAGUCUGUUCUGAGAAUAAGAUUGCCACAACCAAAUAUCCUUGCUUAAAACCAACCGGAGAGGUGACAACUUGUUACAGGAAGAAAUGUUGUGAGGGGUUUAAGUUUGUGCUGGGCCAGUGCAUUCCUGAAGAUUAUGAUGUGUGCGAUGGCGCCCCCUGUGAACAACAGUGCACGGACCACUUUGGACGGGUCGUGUGCACCUGUUACCCUGGUUACCGCUACGACCGGGAGCGACACCGGAACAGAGAGAAGCCAUACUGCCUGGACAUGGAUGAGUGUGCCAACAACAACAUGACAGUGUGCUCUCAGGUCUGUCUGAACUCUCCAGGGAGCUACAGGUGUGAGUGUGAGAAAGGCUUUUUCCUGGAAGAGGAUGGGAAGACCUGCACCAAGGGGGAGAGAGCAGCUCGGCCGUUUGAGACGUCAGACAACGUGAUGAAGGCUGGGGCAUGCUCUGCUACGUGUGAAGACUUCCACCAGAUCAAGAUUACUGUCUUUCAGCUCAAACAAAAGAUCGCCAUGUUGCCCAGCAACGCUGAUGUUACCAAGCAGAUGACCAGUGAGAAGAUGCUGAUGUCACACAACUUCCUGCCCGGACCUCCUGGUCUGCCCGGGCCUCCAGGAGAUCCAGGGCCAAUGGGUCCCCCUGGCCACACAGGACUGUUGGGGCCCCCCGGCCCUCCUGGACCCAGGGGACUGAUGGGCCCCGUUGGGCCCUCGCCUGACCUGUCCUUCAUGAAACAGGGCCGACGGGGGCCCAUGGGUCCUGCGGGGGCUCCAGGAAAACAUGGCAUCAAGGGGGAGACGGGGGCUGCUGGACCUUCUGGACCUCCUGGCCCUCCCGGAUCCUUUGACUUCCUGCUGCUGUUGAUGGCUGACAUCCGUAACGAUAUCGUUGAGCUACAGAGCAAGGUGUUCGGCAGGCUCAUGCAGUCUCCUGGAGAGGAGUUCCCUAUGGGGGUCCCAGAUACAUGGAGUGACAACCAGUCACCUGAGAGGGAGGUCCCCAUGGUUGGCCCAGAGAGCUGGAGGGACAACCAGUCGCCUGGGAGGGAGGUCCCCAUGGUUGGCCCAGAGAGCUGGAAGGACAACCAGUCACCUGGGAGGGAGGUCCCCAUGGUUGGCCCAGAGAGCUGGAGGGACAACCAGUCGCCUGGGAGGGAGGUCCCCAUGGUUGGCCCAGAGAGCUGGAGGGACAACCAGUCGCCUGGGAGGGAGGUCCCCAUGGUUGGCCCAGAGAGCUGGAGGGACAACCAGUCGCCUGGGAGGGAGGUCCCCAUGGUUGGCCCAGAGAGCUGGAGGGACAGCCAAUCGCCUGACAACUGGAGGGAGAACCAAGAUAUCCUGGUGGACAUGGGCUCUGGAGAAGACAAGCCAAAGGAUUACAAAACACAAAACGUUGCCACGGGCAACUCUGGAGAAGACUACAAACCACGCAGGAAGGAAGAGGACAGGAACAGGAACAGGAACAGGAACAGGAACAGGAAACCCGUGCGAGCCUCAACAACAGACUCAGGCUUGGAUUGGACACUUUGAAUUUGAGGCAGAUUUUCAGUGUUUGUUUGUAAAUAUUAAUAUCAAAGUAUUUUUUAUUGAACUACUUAAAGUCAAAAUGUAUUUUUUUUCUUUCAUAGAAUCUCUAUUUUUAUAUUAUAAAUAGGAUUGUAAAUGUAUAUUUUAGUACAUUUUUUUGUAUUAUAGUUAUGGUCUUGAAUGUCUUCUUAGCUCAACAGCAUUUCACUCCUGAUACAUUUUAUUUAAAUUUGAAUGUCUCAAAUGGUCUACUUUCUUACUUAAACGUAGUUUCCACCCUGUUAUAGACACAUGCACACAUGAGAAUAGUCCAAUUCAUAGUCCAAUUCGUCCUACCCCUAAAUCAUAGAUAGAAUAUGUCAUUCGAUUUCUUUGCUCCUAAUCACCACAGCUUUGUUUGUUCGGUGCCUCAGCAACACUAGCCAAGGAUUGUUUCUGGUUGCUAUGGCUGCUAAGUAAGUGUGUAACACUCCUCCAAAGCCAAGUGGUUGCCAUGGCUGCCGAGCCUCCAGGAGAAUGGUCCUUGACAGAGAGAAGAAGAAAGGUCAUGGAGAGUACCACUGGAGAGGGAUUGAGCAACUUUUCAUGUCAUGGAAUAUUCCAGUGUUUUUAAGUGGCACCAUAUUAUAUUUCAGCAGAUCCAAGUCUAGGCUUAUGUGGUCCAAAGGGGGCAUUUUACAAUUCAAAACAUACAUCGCACAUGUAAAGAAACUGGAAAAUAAAUGCAGUAAUAACAGAAA